GCGGUCAGGUUGAAGUAUGUUGUUAAACUUCGGUCGUUCGAGGCAGUGCAAGUAACGUUAAUGCUUAUUCUUGUUCAACUGCGGCAUUGAUCGCGCUGUUUUACAUUUUACUUUACGGCAAACACUUUAACACAUGCCGUUCACAUUGUGACAGUUUCUUCUGAAUGUGACAAAGGCUGAUUGUACAGAAAUCUCAUCCAUCAUGGGAAACACCAGCGAUCGUGUGUCUGGCGAUCGGCAUGGAGCGAAAACGCAGCGCUCAGACAGCGGAGGCCACAAAGACCUGGAGCCCAGCAAAAUGAUGGACAGCACGGACGACCCCAAUAUUUUCAACACACAUGGACCAGAAUCUAAAGCCGUGGGUGAGAAAGACUUUGCUCCAGAUUUAGAUGACAUGGUGAAGACGGGUCCGCAGGCUCGACCCACAGUGAUCCGCUGGGCCGGAGGAGGGAAAGAGGUUUACAUCACCGGCUCCUUCAACAACUGGAGCAGCAAGAUCCCGAUGAAUAAAAGCCAUAAUGAUUUUGUAGCCAUCUUGGACCUGCCUGAGGGUGAACAUCAGUACAAAUUCUUUGUUGACGGCCAGUGGCUUCAUGACCCCGCUGAGCCGGUUGUCACCAGUCAGAUGGGCACCAUUAACAAUCUGAUCCACGUGAAGAAAUCAGAUUUUGAGGUGUUUGACGCGUUGCAGGUGGACUCUCUCGAGUGCUCUGAUACGUCAGAUCUGUCCAGCUCUCCACCUGGGCCGUACGGACAGGAAGUGUACGUGUUCAAACCGGAGGAACGCUUCAAAGCGCCACCCAUCCUGCCGCCUCACCUCCUACAAGUCAUACUCAACAAAGACACCAACAUAUCGUGUGAUCCUGCCCUGCUGCCAGAACCCAACCAUGUGAUGCUCAAUCAUCUGUACGCGCUCUCGAUAAAGGAUGGUGUGAUGGUUCUCAGCGCAACUCAUCGCUAUAAGAAGAAAUAUGUGACGUCUCUUCUGUACAAGCCUAUUUAAUCAGCUGUGGAUGAAACAUGAUCUACAGUCCGCAUCCACUAUAGUCCAGUUUGCACUAUAAACCCAUGACAAAUACAGUGGAUCUGUCAGCUUAAGACUUCAGCAGUACUCUUUGUGUGUGUGUGUGUGUGUGUGUGUGUGUGUGUGUGUGUCCUCUCAUCAUACAUUCAAUACAAGGAUUUCUAAAGUUCCUGUUUGCCAUCUUAGGUGCAGCAUUUUGCGAUUACAGUCUUGAAGGCCAGAAUUUAAUCUGCCCGACACAGUUUAUAGAUUGCUGUUGAUCAGGAUUCAUAUAUUUGAAACCUGCAGACAGAAGGAGUUCAUGAAUACAAAUGAGUGCAAGUUCAUUUUGUUUCACACCACAAAUGAACAAUUGAAUGUAAUGAUUCAUUCUAAGAUUUUUUAGUUUAUAGUCUCAUAACUCAUUUUGUAAACCGAAGUAAAGACAUGUUUAUGCGUCUGUUUUCAGAACGAAAGGAAGUUUCAGCUAAACAAAGCAGCGUUUAGUAUUUGCGGUUAGGAUGAACUGAUGGAUGUGCUUUAAACAGAGUUGCGUUAUGAUUUCAAAAGAAGAAAACUGUAAGGAAGGACUGAACAGAUUAAAACACAUUUCCAACAGCAUCACAGAAUGGCGCAAAUACGUUUUGAAUUGUGUGUUUUGCCGAGUUUUACUGCAUGUGGUUUGAUGCUGUCAGACGAGCACUUUAGCUGUGUUUCCCUGUGGCAGACAAACACGUUUUAUUUAUUUUAUCAAGCAUGAAUGUAUUUUUUACAUCUGUUACAAAUAUUCAUUUUAUGCUAAAUGGUAUAUUGGUUAAACUUAUGCGGACCCCUAACCCUAACUGGCUCCAGUUCUGUUCCAGUGGUGUUCAGGUCUGGUCUUUCUGGCUGGAGUCAGUAAACGGUCUCUUUCUGCUCAUGAAUCCUCCACAAGCUCCCAAAACAAAGCUGGGAGAACAGAACGGUCUGUUAUUGUGCGUGUAUCGUGAAGAAUCAAUUUUCAGUAGAAUUACUGGAAUAGACAGACCUGUACACCAAGAAUGGGGCGUCCACAUACGUAUGGCCGUAAUAUUUAUAACGUUUGUAUUAAUUUCAUUGUAGUGUGAAAUGGUUGCUUUUCUAGUCAUCAAUAUUAAAUGCUGAAACAGAAA